AUGGGGCCUCCACCUGUAGUAACAGGUAUUUCACCAAAAGAAGGACCUCCAGGCACAAGAGUGACGAUUCGAGGGGAGUUUCUCGGAACUAGUGUCACAGAUUUCAUUGGAUUAAAAAUUUGUGGAUGUGACUGUCUGCUAUCAGCAGAAUGGAAAAGCAGAAACAAAAUAGUGGCUCGGUCUGGUCCAUGCAAAGGACGUGGAGAUAUAAUAGUCACUACUAAAUCUGGUGGUGAAGGUACAUCUACUGUGCAGUUUAGAGGAUACCAUGAAUCUAUAGGGCCAGUAAAAGAGAGUGCAGUGUGGGUCGAAGAAGCAGCACCCCCAUCAUUGCCAUGGGGCAGAAGACCAAUGUCACCUACAGCUUAUACUCCUCCUGACCCUCUUGGUUUGUCCACAGAAGGAGAAGAUUGUAAAUUUCCAGAAGAAGAAUUACAUGAACUGUUUCCUGAUGGAUCUGGCAAGCUAUCUGAUGAAAAUUUUCAACCUGGAUGGUAUCUUUUGGAACAUCACAGUAACACAUCAUUUGAAGACCUGAAGGCUGGAAUGGUGUUUUUACAAAGAAAGGUCGAAGGACAAAAGGAAGGACAGUUGAGUUUUCUCAAAGCUAACACUGGUGCUGUUAUGGAUCAGUUAGAUAGACUAGUUCUGUUAAAAAAUAUGUACGAAGAUGAUCAAAGGAAAAAUGGGAAAGAGCCUUUACCAAGCUUACAAGCAGCUAUUGAAGAAUCAAUAUCACUAGCUGAUUCUUUAUUUUCGGAGAUAUUAUCUCGUAAGGAGAAUGCCGACAAAACGCGUGAAGCCCUGUCUUUGCUUACGCGCCAUAAAUUUCUUUUUCAAUUGCCUUCCUCAAUAGACAAGAACAUUCGAAAAAAGGAAUAUGAUUUGGUAGUCAAUGAUUAUACAAGGGUGAAAAAUUUAUUUGGAAAUACAGAUGUUAAGCUCUUUCAAAAAAUUCUUGUUGAAAUUGAUAAGAAAAUUGAAGAUUUGAAAGAAAAUUUACAUACCAGAAUGAAGACAAUGCCUGUGAAUGUUCAAGAGCAAACAAAAUAUAUAAGGCUACUUAUCAGUUUGAACUGGGAAGGCGACGCCGCAUGGAUUGCUAUCACGACUCGUAAAGACUAUCUAAUGAAUUUGAUGAACAAAGUACAAAAUCAUUUUAAGCAAAAAGAGGAACAGGAGUCGGGAGAGAAAGGUAAGCGUAAAACCAAAGAGUCGGAAACGGAAGGGUCGUGGAGCUCGACGCGCGCGGCGUGGUGCGCGGCGGCGUGCGGCGCGCUCGCGUCCGAGCUGCACGCGCUGUGGCCGCUGGCGCGCCGCUACUUCGCCGGCGAGCUGGCGGGGCAGCCCUCGGACCCGCAGCGGCACACUGAGCUUAAGGAGAUGAUAAUAGCGGCGAUGCAGCAGUUCUCGGAGCAGAUGCGCGCGUGCCUGCUGGCGGGCGGCGCGGCGCCCGGCGCGGAGGCGCUGCGCGCGCGCCUGCUCGCCAACCUGCGCAGUCUGCGCGAGGCGUACGAGUCGCUGCUCAAGCUGGACCUGCCCUCGCAGCCUCUCAGCAUAGUGGAGAAGGUAAUAUUCGACUACCGCGUGCACGGCAUGACGGUGUUCCUGCAGCGCGCGCACAAGCGCGUGAAGGGACUCGCCGAGAAAGAGACUUGGAAGAUACAGGAGUUCUCUGACUAUGGAGCUAUUACGGACUUGCCGCAAGUCUUAGAAACGACCGUGAACGACGCGUUGUCCUCCAUACACAAGUGUGUGUUCGCGAGCGGCAGGCGCGAGACGCCGCUACUCGCUGAGGGCAGCGAGCCGCUCGCCACGCUGCAGAAGCAUACACAACAGAUACUGCUGGCGUUUGUUAACGUCUUACAGGAGCUGGCUCUACAGCAUGAUAAUCAAGACUUUAACAACACGAGCCUGUCGGUGGCGCUGGACCAGCCGCUGGAGGCGCCGCGCCGGCUGGGCGACAAAGCGCGCUCGUGGCAGCAGUGCCUGCUCAUAGCCGCCGCCAACGCUCAGUACACACGACGAGUCACACUCACCAAUAUUACCAAUGCUUUUGAUAGUUACGAAUUCCCCAAACCGCUGCUAGCUCUACAAGCCACCAAGGAAGCACUCAGCAAUCUGGAGUCAGUCAUAGCGGAAACGUACUUAGAGCACAAGGGCGACCCCAUCGUGGGCACCAUCGAGCCCAGCAUGUACAUGGGACGGCACCGGAUAGAUCCUGACGCGGUCGUUGACGACGCCCGUCCUUAUGUAUACGAAAUUAUCAAUAAUCUGAUCGCUGUUCAUGCUGAGGUAGACAGUAUCUGCGGCGCGGCAUGCUCGCGCUAUGUCCGUGAUAUAAGCGAGACCGUAUGCGAGGAAGUUUCUAGACUGUGCGCAGGCUCGCCGUCGGUCUCGCGCGCCGCCGCCUUCCGCGCGCGCCUCGAGACCACGCUGUUGCGGCUCGCGUGCGCCGCGCAUCUCACUAGGAAGGCUGAGAAUCACCUCGUAGAAACCUUAGCGAGUAUUCCACCAUUGGAAACCGAGGAAGAGAAAAAACGCAUGGACAAUAUUAUUCAAGACUUUAAAAAAAGGAUGGAUCUUCAACUUGCGAGUCUCAAUUGCAACAUAGAGACUGUA